AUGCCAAACCUGAAAAUCAUUCGAUCUGCUGUGGCUGAGCUUCCUAAGGGUCAACCUUUGGUCGUUUGUCUAGUUGGAGGAACAACCGGAAUUGGCUCGUAUGUAGCCAAGAGCUUCGCCAAAGCCUUUGCUAGUAAUGGCUCUAAACUUCGCGUUUACAUAAUCGGUCGCAACGCUUCGCGUGCUGCAGAUGUUGUCAACCAGGGCAAAAGUGCUAGUCCAGGCUCCGACUGGCGAUUUGUGCAGGCGACGGACCUCGCGCUUAUCAGUGAAGUCGAUAAAUCAUGCGCAGAGAUCAUUCGACAAGAGACUGAGGCCCCCUUACACAACACACCGAGCAUAGAUUUGCUAUACAUGAGUCAUUGUUAUCCGAUUUUUGGGAAACCAACAAAAACGAGUGAAGGCCUCGAUGCCUUUAUUUCGACCGUGUACUACUCACGAAUCAGAUUCAUUCUUCAGCUCUUGCCACUACUGACGUCUUCUCCACUGCCGGGACAUGUCAUUUCAAUCUAUGCCGGAGGAUUUGAGGACGGUACCUCACCAGGCGAGUCACCGAUCGGCUGCCCUCCACCAUCAACGUACGGUUUGACUGCGGUGCGAAAACACACGAGCUUUAUGAAAACUUUCAUGUUUGAGGAGCUUGCGGAAAAGAAUGCUGGGAAGCUCAGCCUGAUUCAUAUUUAUCCGGGCCUCGUCGAUGGGCCCGCAUUUUACGGGCCUGAAAUUCCAUCGUGGUUCAGGUUUCUUUGGCGGAUUUUGAAGCCCCUGGCAUCCCUCUACAUGACUUCUGCGGAUGACUGCGGCGACGUGAUGACGUAUCUUGCAACGUCACGGUACCCUGCAAAGGGAACAGCAGGCAAUAAAUCCGCUGGAGGGGUUGAGGUUGCCAAGAGCACGCAAGGAGAGCCUGGUGGUGGUUGCUAUGCCGUCGGGCAAAGAGGAGAUGUAGGAGCGAAAGGGAAAAGCUAUGCGAAGACGAACUAA